UGUCAGUAGUUUUAUCUCGUAAGAUGACGUUAAUUUCCAAGUUUAUUUUCAUUUUACAAUAUUAUUAUAGUUUUGUUUUGGCAUUUUGUAGCCCUAAUAAGUGGUUGAAAAACAAAACACAAACAUGUUAUUGUGAGACGACAUGAGCUUCUUGUGUCAUCUGCUGGGCGAUCACCGGAAGUGAUGGACCAGUGUUCACAACAAGUGAAAAAGUUGAACAUUGGAAACUACAAGAUGGGGACAACGGCGAGUCAACUCGGGAAGGACUUGCUUUCGGAAUACCAAGAGCUGACGUUUUUAACCAAACAAGAAAUUCUUCUGGCACAUAAAAGAUUUACUGAACUACUUGCUAAAGAUGAGAAAAAUAUUCCAAACGCCAGAGUGCCGAUGGACAAGAUCCUCACCCUUCCAGAACUCAAGUCCAACCCAUUUAGAACGAGAAUCUGCCACGUUUUUUCUACAUCUGAAGUAAAAGAUGGUAGCCUCACUUUUGAGGACUUUUUAGAUCUUUUGAGUGCCUUCAGCGACUCUGCUACAUUGGAAAUCAAGUCCCACUACGCAUUCCGUAUAUUCGACUUUGAUGAUGAUGGAACUCUUGACUGUGGUGAUCUGGAGAAACUGGUCAACUGCCUGACUGGAGAGACUGAUGACACGAGACUAACCUCUGAGGAGAUGAGACAGCUCAUCAACAAUAUUCUUGACGAGUCAGAUAUUGAUAAAGAUGGAACAGUGAACCUCUCAGAGUUUCAGCAUGUCAUUUCAAGAUCACCAGAUUUUGUCAGUUCUUUCAAGAUUGUGCUGUGAAGACAGAUACUUGAUCGCCUACCCAUGUUUUAAUUAUAUAAUUUUGCUUUUAAUAUAUAGCCUUUACUUAUUUCACUGAUAUGUAAAUCAACCUCUUGUGAUUUUAAAAGUUCUUUAUAUUUCCAUAUAAAGUUUUACAAAAUCCAUCACUUGAAGUCUUAAGAUUUUAUUACUCUUUGUAUUUCAAGCCUCAAAAGUCAUAUCAUACAAUGUACUUCAAAGUCCAUGAUUACUAAUAAGAUCACAUAUUUACGAGGUAGCUACUUCCUUCUCAACGACAGAAGCAAAUGUAUUCCACGCCCCACACGUCACAUCGACGACACACAUCUGUUUUUCCCUGAAGAACUCCACAAGGUGUGGCUCAUCUGAAAAGGAAGUCUUGUAUCCAAGCUGACCGUAUUGACCUGAGGCAGAAACAAGUUACCCCUCUCAUAAAUUUAAAAUGUACAUUUAUUGUUAAUAUUUCAGUCAAACUCACCCCAUCCCCAUGUGUAGAGG